AUGGUUGAUUGUAAUCCGGCGACAACCCCAGCUGAUGCAAGUCAACGUUUGGACAAAUCAAUGAGUCCGAAGAAUGAGCAAGAAAAGCAAGAGAUGCGGGACAUUCCUUUCCGAGAAUUAGUUGGAUCAUUGCAGUUCUUAGCACAAUGCACUCGUCCAGACAUCGCUUAUGCCGUUAAUGUCGUAAGCAGCUAUAACAACAACCCCGGAAAAACACACUGGAUAGCGGCAAAAAGAAUAUUGCGUUAUCUGAAAGGAACGAAAUCGGUGAAGUUAGUAUACCGGAAGCAAAAUGAAGUGCUGUUCGAGGGGUUUACUGAUGCAGAUUGGGGUAACGAUCCCGAGUCUCGACGAUCGAUUACUGGCUAUGUUUUCCAAUACGCUGGUGGUUCGGUGUCAUGGAGCUGCAGAAGGCAACCGACCGUUGCGCUUUCUACAACAGAAGCAGAAUACAUGGCACUUUCUGCUGCAACACAGGAAGCGUUGUGGUGGCGAGGAUUCCGCGAUGAGCUUUUUGGAAUAGAGCAACCGGUCCCAAUGUUUUGCGAUAAUCGCAGCGCAAUUUGUUUGGCAGAAAAUGAGAUUGGCUACUCACCCAGAAGCAAACAUAUCGAUUUGAGACACCAUUUCGUAAGGGAACAACUCCAAAUGAAGAAAAUUGAAAUCAAUCACGUUGGAUCAAAACAACAGAAGGCGGAUGUUCUCACGAAACCUGUUCCAGCUCCUAAAUUUUGUGAAGCGGUGAAGUUAUUAGGUUUAAAAUAA